AUGGACAUGUCUGCCAUUCAAAACUUUGCGCCAAGAAAGUACGCUAUGGCCGAUCACCAAAUGCAACAACCUAUGCAACAACAACAACAAAUGACCACAUUCAAGCAGCCCAUGCAGAUGCAACCCCCCCGCGUCCUCGAAUACAGCCCCCACUUUGGCCCCGAGGGUCAGACCUUCACCGUCACUCUCCAGUCCAACUCUGACAAGGCCCUCCGCAUCGGUUUCGGUACCCUUGUUGUCGAUACCAAGCAGUACGCUGCCAACGGAUACGUCACCCUCAGCUGCAUCGUCCCCAACUUCUCCAUCACAAAGUGGUUUGUCAACAAGGUGCCCCUCUACGUCCUCCAGAUGGAGAAUGAUAUGGUCAUGGAAAGCUGGCCUUUCGGUGACUUCAACUACUACGAUGAUAUCCAGAACAACACCGCCGCUCAGGCCAAUAAUGGUGCCAAGCGCAACGAGAAGAUGAUCUACGAGCAGGGCCUCAGCCAAAAGAAGCAUCACCUCGUCACCGAUCUUGAUCUCUCCCACGCACAGUUGAGCCAGCAGCAGCACCAGCAGGCUUCUCCUCUUGCUACCCCCAACCCCCUCGGCAGCAACGGCCUUACUCAUCACGACGAGUACAACGGCAACAACUUGAGUGUUUCGUCUGCAUACGACAACAGCUCUUUGUACUCCCCCACCUCUCCCUACGGACCCCGCACCCCCAUUUCCCCCUACGCCCGCCCUGGCUACUACAACGCCGCCAGCCAGAUGAUCGCCCCCCAUAUGUCCUCUUAUUCGCAGGCUGAUCUCGUCACCUCGACGUACGCCAUGUCGCCCUCCGCCAACAAUGCAAACUACAUUCACUCCAACCAGUCCUCCCAACCCACCACCCCCACCUCCGCCGCCUACAUGUCCUCCCAGCCCCACCCCAACACAAGCAACAUUGCCUCCGUCGGAAACUACAACCCCUAUGCCUCGUUGUUGAACAAGGCCAACCUCAAGUUCACCGGCAACAUGGAUGAUAUGGCCAUCAACUGGUCCGGUGAAGAGUGGGAGUCCCAUCGUCGUCUCGUCCAGUUCUGGAGACGCCAGGACGGAAACGAUAUCCACUGUAACUUUGCUCCCGUCGCCCCCGCUGACCGCCAGCCCAAUUCGAUUGUUGUGUCGUGCAUCUACUGGGCCGAGAGAAACGAUUGCUUCCUCACCUCCGUCGACUGCAUAUACCUCCUCGAGUCCCUGAUCGCCGUCCGCUUCACCGUCGAGGAAAAGAACCGUAUCCGCCGCAACCUCGAGGGAUUCCGCCCUAUUACCGUCUCAAAGUGCAAGCCCGAGUCUGCAGAGUUCUUCAAGCUCAUCAUGUCCUUCCCUAACCCCAAGCCCCGCAACAUCGAGAAGGACGUCAAGGUCUUCCCCUGGAAGGUUCUUCCUUAUGCUCUCAAGAAGAUCAUCUCAAAGUACACUGCCUCGUACUCCUCCACAGCCUCCAUCCAGGCCGAUGCCUUCCACAACGCAAACUUCCCUCAUGGCUCUACCUUGCCCUUGACCCCCCAACAGCAGACCAUCAUCGAGUCCAGCCUCAUCGCAUGA